CAGCUGCACCAACACCGCAAGUUACAACUUGCUCUGUGCGCCUGGAGACAAUAGGGCACAGACUGCAAGACGCGGCACUCACUGCUGUUGCUGGCCAGUCCCCUUGGGCUCUGCCCUAACCCUUUACUAAAAGCCUUUGAGAAAUAAUCGGAGCUCUCUUGGACGCGAGCCCUGGGCGGGGUAACUCGCGCGAAUGCCGCAGCGUCGCUUAGACUUGACCUAGCCUGCCUGCGGCUCCGCACUGCCUGGGCGGUGCCCGCAUCCGGCCUGGCCGCACCCUCCCGCCCGGCUGGAGAGGGAGGAGGCCGGAUGAGGCGGGGCCGAGGGUGGAGGAGCUGCCGGAGAAGUGCCUUCGCCACGUGACCCCACAGUCAGCACUGUCCCAAGCCGAAGCUCGGCACUAUUGUGCACUGCACUCUUGUCCGACAGUCCGCCAUGUGCGCUGCUCCGCUCGCGGCCGCCGCCCUCGCCGCAGCGGCCCCGCGCUCCGUGUAUUCCUUCUCUGCACGCCCGUUGGCCGGCGGGGAGCCCAUGAGCCUGGGUUCCCUGCGGGGCAAGGUGCUGCUCAUCGAGAAUGUGGCGUCGCUCUGAGGCACAACGGUCCGGGACUACACCCAGAUGAACGAGCUGCAGCGGCGCCUCGGGCCCCGGGGCCUGGUCGUGCUCGGCUUCCCAUGCAACCAGUUCGGGCAUCAGGAGAACGCUAAAAACGAAGAGAUCCUGAAUUCCCUUAAGUACGUCCGACCUGGCGGCGGGUUCGAGCCCAACUUCACGCUUUUUGAGAAGUGCGAGGUAAAUGGCGCGCAGGCGCACCCCCUCUUCGCCUUCCUGCGCCAGGCUCUGCCUGCCCCCAGUGACGACGCCACUGCGCUCAUGACUGACCCGAAGUUCAUCACCUGGUCUCCAGUGUGUCGCAACGACGUCGCCUGGAACUUUGAGAAGUUCCUGGUGGGCCCAGAUGGUGUGCCUGUGCGCAGGUACAGCCGCCGCUUUCCAACCAUCGACAUUGAGCCUGACAUCGAAGCCCUGCUGUCCCAGGGGCCCAGCUGUGCCUAGGGCAACCUUCCUAUCCCUGCUGCUUGGCAGCCACAGCACUGCCCUCUGGGGAUUUCAUCCAUGACGGCGUUUCCUCGAAAUUUGCAUAGAGGAACGCCUGAUUUCCAGAAGAAUCCCCUGAGUUGGGCGCUUAUCCAUCCCAGCACUCCCUCCCCAAACCAAGGCUUUUCGCUAAUAAAGUGUUAGAUAUGAGCAGAA